CUGAGGGAUCGGGAGUCUGGAGGCCGCUGGGUUUAGACAGGCUACCCGAAGAGGAGGCGCGGAGUAGGGGCGCUGCGGGGGUAGUGGGUGUCCAUUUGUGGGGACCAGGAAAGGGCCGAGCUGGCUGGGUGGCAUCGCGCGGAGAUUCUAGAUUGCCCAAAGCCGGAGUUUGAUGACUGCUCGAUAGCACGGCAGGCAAGCAGGUGCCAUGGCCUUGAUUGAAGGGGUGGGUGAUGAAGUGACCGUGCUCUUUGCGGUGCUUGCCUGCCUUCUGGUGCUGGCCCUCGCCUGGGUCUCAACACAUACCUCCGAGGGCACCGACACCCUGCUCCAGCCGGCAAGGACUCCAACACCAGCCCAGCCCAGCGAAGCCAUGGCAGCCAUUGACAGCAUCAGAGGAGAGGCACCUGGGGCUGAGCCCUCCAGCCUGAGACACAGAGGUCAAGCUACACAACCAGAACCCGGCACCGGAGUCACAACAACACCACCACCAGCCCUGGACCCCCCCCAGGAGCCCCUAGUACUCCGUCUGAAGUUCCUCAACGAUUCUGAGCAGGUGGCUAGGGCCUGGCCCCAUGACACCAUUGGCUCCUUGAAAAGGACCCAGUUUCCGGGCCGGGAACAGCAGGUGCGACUCAUCUAUCAAGGUCAGCUGCUAGGAGACGACACCCAGACACUGGGCAGCCUUCACCUUCCUCCCAACUGUGUCCUCCACUGCCACGUGUCCACGAGGGUCGGUACCCAGCAUCCCCCCUGCCCACCAGGGUCAGAGCCAGGCCCCUCCGGGCUGGAAAUCGGCAGCCUGCUACUCCCCCUCCUGCUGCUCCUGCUGCUCCUGCUCUGGUACUGCCAGAUCCAGUACCGGCCCUUCUUUCCCCUGACAGCCACCCUGGGCCUGGCCGGCUUCACCCUGCUCCUCAGCCUCCUAGCCUUUGCCAUGUACCGGCCGUAGUGCCUUCUCGAGCUCUCGCCAGCACGGCCGGCCCCUCUGGACCUUGCUCCCCACAGCACAGUGGGCGCUGCUGCCUGCCCAGGCCAGCUUCGCCUGCCUGCCUCUUCCCAUUGCCCUGGAGCCCAGCUCUACGCCACAGGAGACUCCAGGGGCUGGCGGAGGCCCAUCACUGUGACCUCCACAGCCAUGGCUCUGGUUCGCCUUCCAGGGCUGCUGCCUCCCAGCCGGCCCUGACAGUCGGCUCCUCAGGGUCAGGCACUUGCUGUCGCUGCCUUGGUCCUGGGCAGACUGGGGCCACCACCCUGGGUCCGUCUUAGUGUUCUGCCUGAGAACCCAGCCAUCUAUGGUCCUUAAGAGGCUGAUUUGGGGAACCACAGACAGCGAGAGCCUGGAGAAGGAGCUGGGAUCUAGAACACAUGCAGAUUAAAGUAACUGUGAAGUUUUCA